AUGGAGUCUGAUGCACGAGCGUUGGAAGUAACUGUCAAGUCUUUACCACUAUACGUGGUCAGUGAUGGACAGAAAGCCUCGGCAGCUCCAAAUGUCUCACGUAUGAUUGCUGUGCAGGAAAACGAUGGUCUUGCCUCAGCCAUCGUCAUGACCCAGGAGCUUGUACACGCUGUCACAACAGCCACACGUGCGGGCCUGGAAGCAAUCUACCAAACAGAUCUUGCCAACCAAAAGAAGGAUGUGAUUAUGGAAUUCCAGAUGUGGGCGGAGAACGAGCGCAACGAACUCUUGGCGGGUUCGCGCACCAGCGAUCAUGCUUCAAGCGACAGGCAGCGACUCGCAAAGCUCGAUGAGGACUUGGAGCUGGUUGAGCAGCAAAAGUUGGCGAUAGACGAGCCAGCCCGUGCAGCCGAUGAGGAAGCUUCCAGUGCCAACCUCAACCUCUUAGGCCUCUUGCAGGACGUCUUCGAAGGUGCCGGUUUGGUAGAUUCCCAGAACGAGCGCUUCGAUACCUUGGCCCCAGAUGACGCUUUCCUGGACAGAUGGAAGAUACCCCAUUUGGACAUACAGCCUGAGAAGUCAGGCGAAGACGCCAUCGAGCCCGGAGGCAGAAGCAAUUCUGGCUGGAACAGCGAGGACGAAUUUCCAGAUGAGGAGCCUUCACCAGCAGAAAUCGCUCGACGAGACUUCUAUGCUGCAGCCGAAGAUCUCAAUAAGGCCCAAAACGACUUCGAGAAGCGCCAUGAAGUAACACAGCAGCCUUCAUAUCUCGGCAUGCAUGCUGAGCCAAAGCACCCUUUCGAGUCCUUCAAGCAGCUCAAUCAAAACCAAGUUCUCGCAGAGGAGCGGUUCCGACGGGCUCGCCAUCGCUGCAACGAACUGGGCGUAGAUGUUCUCUACGAUGCUCAGUCCUCUUCUUUCGCACAAGACGCAGAGGGCGAACAGAGAGCGCGUGCAACUCUGGCCAAUUUCGCAGGCCCGGGAAAGUAUCCUCAAGUUCAGAAGUGGCUCGAUGGUGUCGCAGACGAAGUGGUAGAUGAAGGCUCGAAAGACCAGAGCUUGACGCCGUCGACGGCUACUAGUGCUUGGGAUGGUUGUCCAUGGGUUGACUACGAUGACUCGUGGAGUGCGGUUGCUCCAGGAGCGGGAAAGAGUCGUAUCCAGAGAGCUCAAACUGCUCGAGAUGCUCUCCGUGCGGAAGCCAAGGAGCAGUGGGCUAAGACCAUGGGCGUAUCGAAAGAUGACUGGGAUGCCCACCACUGGGGUUGA